UCUCUCACUUAUAAUUUUCUCAGAUUUUCUUUCCAACCAAACAGUAGGUUUCUCUCUCUGAUUCUGCAAUGGCUCGUACCAAGCAAACCGCUAGGAAGUCGACCGGAGGGAAGGCGCCAAGGAAGCAGUUGGCGACAAAGGCGGCAAGGAAGUCUGCUCCGGCCACUGGCGGAGUGAAGAAGCCUCACAGAUUCAGGCCUGGUACGGUGGCUCUGCGUGAAAUCCGUAAGUACCAGAAGAGCACGGAGUUGCUCAUUAGGAAGCUGCCAUUCCAGAGACUGGUGAGGGAAAUUGCUCAGGAUUUCAAGACAGAUCUGAGGUUCCAGAGCAGCGCCGUGGCAGCUCUUCAGGAGGCUGCUGAGGCUUAUUUGGUUGGUCUCUUUGAAGAUACCAACCUCUGCGCUAUUCAUGCCAAGAGGGUUACUAUUAUGCCCAAGGACAUCCAGCUUGCUAGGAGGAUUAGAGGCGAGAGAGCCUAGGUUUUAGAGUAAUUGCAUUUCUACUACUCUUAAUUCUCUCUGUUCUUAGGAAUUUGCUCGAAAUUGAAUGGUAUGUGUAAAUCUGUGGGGUCUCAGUAUUUUACCUGUUUAAAUUAUGUUAGUUGAUGGCAUCUUAUUAAUGUUAUGCUUUAAUUUCUCGUUUCUCAUUUGCUUAGCGGCUAGAUGUAUUUUUAAGUUGCAAUGUAAGUGAAUUGC